AUGGGGGGAGCCUUCUGUGUUGCUGAGGACGACUUUAAGAUAUCCUACAGCCAAUCGUACACUAGGAACGAGACACAGCCAGAACAGCAGGAACGGAGCCCCUCCAAGGAUGACCCCUCCGAGAUGUUCUUCCCAGAGGAAUCCAGGUCAGGAGCAGAUGAGGCCGGGCCCAGCAGGCAGCUGCAGAGUGCACCGGCUCGCAACAGCCUUACGCCGGAAUUGGUGCUGCACAUCAUCCGGCAUGGUGAAUCUGAAUUCAACGCUGCGACAAAUGCUGGACAUGAUUUUAAGGACCCGCAGAUAUUCAACCCCAAACUGACUUCCAAGGGACGUCGGCAGGUUGCCGUGAGGCAUGAGCUUACAGAGCAUCUUGUCACAACGGGUGACAUAGGCCUUCCCAUCAGCUAUCUUGCGGAGAAGUUUGACCAGCUGCGGGAGGCCAUGUCUGGAAUUCCAGAACGCUGGUGGUUUGCGCCUGAAUGCAAUGACUCGCUAUCACAGCGUUUCAAUAAGAUCGAGCCCAAGCGCAACCUGCAGGAGCGAGUGGCUUCGUUCAGGCGGUGGGUGCAAGCCCAGCAGGAGCAGGUCAUUGUGGCUUAUGGGCACAGCAGCAUGAUUCGCGAGCUCUCUGGAGGAAAGCGCCUCAAGAAUUGCGAGAUACUGACGUUGCAUUUGUGA